GAAAGCGACUUUGGAUGCAGAAAUCGACACAAAUUUGGGGAUUUUCAAUUCAAACCAGGUUCUUAGGGCAUUGAACUUCCAGGUUUCAUCUUCGUUUUUGUUUGUGAAUCGAUUGAGUUCGUUUCAAUUUGGAUUAUAUAGAAAAAAAGUUUUAAAUUCGAGUUGUAUCAGUGGGAGAGGGAGAUCGGUCGAGAAUCGAUAUGACUCCUGUUUGUCCCUUCGUGAAAUCUGCUCGUCCCGACGACGCUUCUUCUCGGAAGCACCAGCCGGAAUCUGCUUGUCCUUUUGCGAAAUCCGGCCGUUCCGAUGAUGCUUCUUCACGAAAACAGCAAUCAUCAGAGUCUUCUUGUCCGUUUUCGAAAUCUGCUCGUUCGGACGACGGUUCUUUGAAGAAGGAUCAGCCUGAGGCGGAGAAAGACGUUGCCGAUGCUGCUAAAACUGGCGGCAAAUGUCCGUUCGGAUAUGAUUCUCAAACUUUCAAGAUUGGUCCUCUAAGCUGUAUGAUUUGUCAGGCACUUCUCUUUGAAUGCAGCAGAUGUGUCCCCUGUUCUCACAUUUUCUGCAAAGCAUGUAUAUCACGCUUUAAUGAUUGCCCCCUGUGUGGAGCUGACAUUGAGAAGAUUGAAGCACACGCUGAUCUGCAAGCCACGGUCGAUCGAUUCAUUGAAGGUCAUGCGAGAAUCAAGAGAUCUCAGAUGAACUCAGACAAAGAGCAGGAGGAAGUUAGUGAAAGUAAAGUAGUUAUUUAUGAAGAUUUGUCCAUGGAGAGAGGUGCUUUCUUGAUCCAACAAGCCAUGAGGGCAUUUCGUGCCCAGAAUAUUGAAAGUGCCAAAUCCAGGCUCACUAUCUGUGUUGAAGAUAUUCGAGAUCAAUUAGAAAGAGCGGGCAAUUCAUCAGAAUUAUGCUCACAGCUUGGAGCAGUUCUAGGCACACUUGGUGAUUGUUGUCGAGCAGCUGGGGAUGCUAGUUCUGCAAUAAAGCACUUCGAAGAAAGUGUAGAGUUUCUCUCAAAACUACCCGAAAAGACUCGCGAGGUCACGCAUACACUUUCUGUUUCACUAAAUAAAAUUGGCGAUCUUAAGUAUUAUGAAGGAGACCUUCAAGCUGCAAGAUCUUAUUAUCAGCAGUCUCUUAAUGUUCGCCAAGAUGCAAGCAAGCAUCAUUCAGAAGAUCCAUCCCAGAUCCUAGAUGUGGCUGUUUCGCUUGCAAAAGUUGCAGAUGUGGACAGUGGUCUAGGAAAUGAGGAUAUGGCAGUUAAUGGGUUCGAGGAAGGCAUAAAGUUAUUGGAAUCGUUAACACUGAACUCGGAGAAUCCUGGUCUUGAGCAGCGACGUCAAUCUGUGUUGAAGUUCCUCGAAGGUCAACUUGCAGAGCGACAAAAGGCAACUCAAUCCAGUUGAUGGAAAGACGAGAUGAUGGCUUCUGUUAGAGAUCAUUCAUAUGCAACGUCUUAGUUAAGCAAAUAAGCUCCUUUUAGCCGAGAAAUGGGGAAAAGAUCGCGCGAGCGUUAAGGAAAUUUGUCACUAUGGAAUACGUCGACUUAGAUGCUCUCAUCGUGUUUUCUUCAGCAUAUAGUACAGAAGCAUACAUAAUCGAUGUUGCUUUAUUCGCAUUGCUGAAUCAGCAGGUCUGCCCAGUCAUCACGUCACGUCUCGUGUAUAAUGGUGUUCUUAUCGUCUCUAAUAAGUCUGGUUUUUGUAGAAUUUAGCAGGAACUCCUCACGCUCUUUUUCAGUGAAGUUGUUUGCUAAGCUUGAACCUC